AUGAACAGUGACACUAAGGAUUAUUCUUACGAAAUAAAGAGGUUGGACCCGGAGGAGCACACGGAAGUGUUUAAACUGUUUAAUGGAGAGGCAGGUGUAAUCGAAGACUAUGUACGUGUCGGUCCGAAGGGUUACUGGUUUCCACUUGGGUUCGCUGAGUUGGCCCCCAAAAUCUACAAUAUGGAAGUCAGAACUGAUGACGUUUGGGUGAUGUCAUUUCCAAAAUCAGGCACAACAUGGAUACAGGAGUUAGUAUGGCAGGUAGAAAAUAAUUUUGACUACGCUAAAGCUGAAAAUAUUUCACUCUUGGAAAGAUUUACGUUUAUAGAGGGUGCAAUGUUAUUUAUUGGCAAGAAAGCUCAAACAGUACUUCAACGUAAUGAAAAAGCCAAGGGUUUCCUGGACCUACUGAGCAUGUCUUUCGAUCAAGUUAUGUCGUCGAUGCCGUCGCCACGGUUUUUCAAGUCGCACCUGCCGCUGUCGCUGCUGCCGCCCGCGCUGCUGGACUCCUGCCGCGUGGUGCACGUGGCGCGCGACCCCAGGGACGUGGCCGUCUCCUUCUACCACCACUACCAGUUCUUUAUAAGCACGGGCUUCACAGGCAGCUUCAAACAAUUCUGGAAUUUAUUCAUAGACAAUAAAAUUGACUGGACUCCAUAUUUCGAGAACGUGAAAGAAUCGUGGCGCAUGAGGGACCACCCUAAUAUGCUAUUCCUGUUUUACGAAGAUGCCUUGAGGGACCUGCCGUCAACGGUAAAGAGCGUGGCUGCAUUCCUCGGGAAGGCGGUGACAGAGGAGCAGAUCAGUCGGCUCUGCGAUCAUCUCGCCUUCGACAACUUCAAGAAAAAUAAAUCUGUCAACUUUGAAGUUUUCCGGGGCAUGGAUCUUACUAGUAAAGAAGGCACUUUUAUGAGAAAAGGCAAGGCGGGCGGAUGGCGCGAGUACUUCGACGAGGAGAUGCUGCAGCAGGCGCAGCGGUGGAUGGAGCACAACCUGCGGGACACGGACCUUACAUUCCCUUCACUAUAA